CCACCGAAUCAUUAUUUGCGAGUAGGCACGUUAAUCUAUGCUAUAUUAGGUUUACCUCUCUUCACCGCAUUUAUAGGUUAUCAAAUAGAUUUCGUAAAACAUGUGGAGAACUGCAUGAAGAAAAAUGAAUUUGUAAAAAACUACUUGGGAGGCGGCACUACAAUAAAUGCUUGCAUGGGCGUAGUCAUGCUUACUGUCGCUCUAAUCUACAGCAAAAUAACUUUGAUAAUGGUUAACGAGGAGAAGAAAAACCCAGAGAUACACCACGAUCUAGCAGUUAUAGGAGAACUAGAUCACUGGGACUACUUUACAACGAUCUACUUCACCUUCCAGACCGUGUCCACCAUAGGAUUCGGAGACGAGUUUAUCUACAGUCCUGAGAAAGGCACUAUGAGUUUUAUUAAACCUAUCUUCAUCAUCUUAUUCACGGCCUUCCUCAUCGCUUUAUUCGCUCACAUAUUUGGCAAAAUACAAAGACGGAUGGACAAAAAGGCAGCGAAAAAGAGCGUGGAAUCGUCAAUAGCGCUGCAAGGUAUGUCCAAAAGUGUUAAAAAGGCGUCCCAAGCGGUAAACCACAAAAUGUUGUUUGGGUCCGACGAACCUUCCGAAAUUCUGAAACGAUUGCAAGCCCUUAGAGACGAGAAUGGACAAAAUGACGGUUUUGAUGCAAUGCUUAUGGGGAGACACCGUGUACUUGCGAAUAAAAUUCACGAGGAGGGGGAUGGAACGGACAACUCCCAGCCGAGUGAUUCUCAACCAAGUUCUUCAAUAAAUACAGUAAUUUGAAGAAAGAAAUUUCAUUGUUUCUAAUCGAACUUAUCGAAAUUUUUUUGAGACGGUUUAAGUUUAAGUUUAAAUCAAACACGAUUUUUAUUUAUUUAUUUUGUAUUAUAAAUUUAGACGGAUAUUUUGUGACACUUCGAAAAUCAAUGUUAAACGAUUUAAGGCUUGGGAU